GAACCCAACUAUUUUCUCUCUCUCUUUUUUUUUUUUUUUUUUUGUAAUUAAUUUAUUAAAAUAAAAAUCAUCCUUACUUACAAUCUCUCUUUCUCUGACCAAAAAUUUUGCAGUGACUUCUUCUUCCUCUGAUGGCUUUUCCGAAAGCCAUGGCACCAAUCUCUAUUCCUUGCUUUUUCCAUUCAAUAAGCUCUCUCAACCUUUUCUGCAAUGUCUGAUUCUCCCUCUUAUCUCUUCUUCUUCUUUUUCUUCUUGUUCAUCCUUCUGAGCUUUUUUCCUUUCCUCCCAUGGCGUUGGCUCAAGCUCUGCCUCGCCUUCCCUCUACCUGUUGGCUAUGCCGAAUCAACAAGACCGGUUCCAAAACCAAGACCAGCAAUACCACCAACACUACCGAUUGUUAUUACUACUACAGUUCCAAUUUUCAUAAGGAAGAUCAGAAGAAGGCUUCUUCUUCCUCCUCUGGGAUCGCCAUUUCUAGGGUUUAUGUGUGGAGGAAGGGUAAUUGUGGCUCUCCUUCUGUUAAUGGACGGUGGAGAUUGAGCGCUGUUGAUACCCGCAUUGUUCAGAAUGCUGCUGCUGCUCCUCGUACCACUGUUGAGAUCCCUGUUACUUGCUACCAGCUUAUUGGUGUGACUGAUCAAGCUGAGAAAGAUGAGAUUGUUAAAUCUGUCAUGAAUUUAAAAAAUGCUGAAAUUGAAGAGGGUUAUAGCAUGGAUGUUGUUUCUUGUCGUAAGGGUCUUUUAAUGGAUGUGAGAGAUAAGCUUCUCUUUGAACCAGAAUAUGCUGGUAAUACAAGGGAAAAGAUCCCACCUAAAUCGUCACUUCGGGUUCUGUGGACUUGGUUGCCGGGUGCUCUUUGCCUACUUCAAGAGGUGGGGGAAGUAAAGCUCGUCCUAGAUAUUGGUCGUGUUGCUCUUCAGCAUCCAGAUGCUAAACCAUAUAUUCAUGAUAUACUUCUUUCCAUGGCGCUAGCUGAGUGUGCAAUUGCAAAGAUCAGUUUUGAGAAGAACAAGGUAUCCCAAGGAUUUGAAGCUCUUGCUCGAGCUCAAUCUCUUCUAAGGAGUAAAAAGUUUUUUGAUGAACUAACGUUAUUAUCUCAGAUCGAAGAAUCUUUGGAGGAGCUAGCCCCUGCUUGCACAUUAGAGUUGUUGGGGAUGCCUAACUCACCUGAGAAUGCUGAGCGUAGACAAGGAGCUAUUAAAGCAUUACGUGAAUUGCUCAGACAAGGCCUUGAUCUAGAGGCAUCAUGCCAAGUCCAAGAUUGGUCGUGCUUCUUUAGCCAAGCGCUUAAUAAACUCAUGGCUGCAGAGAUAGUUGAUCUUCAUGCAUGGGAUGAUCUGGCAACUACUCGGAAGAAUAAGAAAUCACUUGAGUCACAAAAUCAAAGAGUUGUCGUUGACUUUCAUUGUUUCUACGUGGUCUUAGUAGCUCAUAUUGCGGUUGGGUUUUCAAGCAAGCAAAGAGAGAUGAUUAGCAAAGCUAAAACCAUCUGUGAGUGUUUGAUAGCAUCAGAAGGUAUUGAUCUAAAAUUGGAGGAAGCUUUUUGCUUAUUCCUUCUUGGUCAGGGUACUAAGGAUGAGAUAAUUGAAAAACUUAAGCAGCUUGUUUCAAAUUUGAAUAGUAGUCCACACAAAUCAAUCUCGGGGAGGGAUAUCAAAGAUGCUUCUGAUGGAAAUCAAUUGUUGGAAACAUGGUUGAAGGAUACUGUGCUUCAUGUGUUUCCAGAUACACGAGAUUGUCCUCCAAAUUUGUUUAUGCAGGUAAACUUUUUUAAUGGUGAAAGGAGAACUCUCGGGAGCAAGAAAAAUGUAGGUGGUCUCCGAGCUAAUUCUCCUGUUGGUCACAGACCAAUGCAAAACACACUUUUGUCGGAGCGUAAAAAAUUUGAGGAUUCCAUUUCUUGUGUAAACUCUUCUCAACAUCUAGGUACUGCUGUAAAGCAGUUGACUCCAAUCGAUUUGCAGAGCUCAUUAAUAUUGGAUAAAAGUAACAAUGAAAGCAGUGGUAAUGCAUCACCUGUGCAAUUGAAAAGGAAUUUAAGCAUGCAUAAUAGUAAAGUUUGGGAUAGUUGGUUUUCUCAGGCAUACUUGUUGAGUAGGUUUACUUCUGUUGCAAUUCUGGGGUGCAUCUUCUUUGCUACCUUAAAGUUAACAAGCAUGAGUGUAAGCAAGAUGAGAAAUACUUCUAAAUAUGUCCCAAAUAAAUCAAAUUCGAAUGGCAGUUCCCUUAGUUGGAAAACAGAUUCUUCUAUAGAUAACAAUUCAGUGCCUGCAUAUAUCAAGGGGGAUGGAAUUCCUGGGAGACUUAACCACUUUUUGGCUUCAGUUACAACACUUCUAAAAAACAACUCAGAUUCUAGAAAUUCCCAAACCUCAUUGCCUGCUGCCAGUCUAUCGUCUUCUAUGCGAACAAUGUCUCGGAGGCGCAUGCCUAUAGAAGAAGCCGAAGAACUUGUCAAGCAAUGGCAAGCAAUUAAGGCGGAAGCUCUGGGUCCUAGCCAUCAAGUUCAUAGUCUCUCUGAAAUUCUUGACAAAUCGAUGCUCGUUCAGUGGCAUACAUUGGCUGAUGCUGCACAAGCCAAGUCUUGUUAUUGGAAGUUCGUCUUGCUACAAUUGUCUGUCCUCCGAGCUGAAAUUUUGUCAGAUGGGACUGAAGAGAUAGCAGAAAUUGAAGCACUCCUGGAGGAAGCUGCUGAACUUGUUAGUGAAUCUGAGCUAAAGAAGAACCCAAGUUAUUAUAGCAAUUACAAAAUUCGGUAUGUUCUGCAAAGGCAAGAUGAUGAUUCGUGGAAAUUCUGCGAAGGUGAUAUACAAAAAUCAUAAGAUCACAAUCUAGUUAUGAAAGCCAGCUUAGUGACUAAUGCUUUACUAACUCUCUUCCUCCCGUUAUUAUUUUUCAUGGGGGAUGAAACCUACCCAAUUUCUUUUCUGUUAGUAAAAAGAAUCUAGAAUAACAGAAAGAUUAAGCAACAAAAAAAAAAAGGAAAAAAAAGAGUGAUGAUGACUUUAGUCUUUUCCUUAGCUGUACAUAAUAAGCCUUUGAACAGCUUUUCGAAGCUUGGAAGUGUGAUUUUGAGAAAUAAGUUUGCUCUAAUAAGAUGCAAGCUUUACAAAGUCUCAAAUUUGUGCUUUGAAGGAGGAACAAGGAAGAAAAGAAACAGAAGAGAAUAAAGCUAGUGGUUAAAUGAAAAGGGAAAAGGAAGAAGUCAAAUAUGGAGGGCUAAUAGUUACUUUGAUUUUGAUGUGUUUUUAGUUGUGUAACUUUAAGCUUAGUUUUGUCAUUUCUCACUUAAAUGAAAGAGAAACGAAAUAGGGAACCAGGGAUGUGCCCAACCUCCAAAAAAUGUGGUGUGAUGUGUAUUUGUUUGGUGUCUAAUGGAUUAUUGUAUAGUUCACAUUCCAUAAGAACUAAUUAGGUUCUUUUAGGUCCUGUUUUCGUAUUUGUUUGUUGAGGACAUCCUUGGACGUAUAUUUGAAAUUCAUUGAUUUUUUUUUUCUUUUUCUGAUA